AUGCCGUAUCGGUUUGAGCUCGCUAAAUCUGGCCGCGCAGGCUGCCAAACCAAAGAAUGCAAGGACCAACAGGUCAAGAUAGGAAAGGGUGAACUCCGGGUUGGCAGCUGGAUUGACACUGAAUCCCGCCAGUUCUGGAGCUGGCGCCACUGGGGAUGUUUCACCCCUCGCAUGGUUCAGAACAUGUGUGCCGCCAUUCAGAAGGAGGGUGAGCCCGAGACAUUGCAGUUCGAGAUGCUGGAUGGCUGGGACGAGCUAGGUGAUGAGCACCAGGCCAAGAUUAUCCAGGCUCUUCAAGCGGGCCAUGUUGAAGAUGACGAAUGGAAUGGUGACCUUGAAUGCAACCGCCCUGGUCAAACUGGUAUGCGUCUCAAGGGCAAAGAAAAGGCUGCUAAGGCGGCCAAGGAAGCCAAAGAAGCCGAGGAGGCCGAGGCCUCUGGCGCUAGCAAGAAGCGCGAUUUGAGCGAUGCCGAAGGCUCUGCCAACGAUGAAGAGCAGCCUGUGAAGAAGAAGCGUGGCCCCGGUCGUCCCAAGAACAAAAAUGAGGAUGUUAGCACGGCCAAGAAGCGUGGUCGCAAGCCAGCCACUAAGAAUGCUGCUGAAGAGAAAGUUGCUGAUAACAGCGAUUCCAACAUGCCAGAUGCUGAUGAAGAUCAUGUCUCUGAGGAGGAGGUGCCCGCCAAGAAGAAGGCUGCUCCUCGUGCUAAGGCAACCCCUGCUUCAAAGGCCAAGGGUGGCGUCAAGUCCAACGAGGCAACCAAUGGUAAUGCUUCUAAGACUGAGAAGGAUGCUCAACCCAAGCGUGUUAGCAAGAAGAUUGUGGACCAGGCCACCGAGGAAGAAACCAACGAAUCCUCCACUAAGCCUAAGCGUGGUCGCAAAUCGGCUGCCACCAGAGCUGCCGAAGAAGCCGCAAAGGAGGACAGCAAUGAAUCGCCCAAGGAAAAGCCCAAGCGCGGUCGCAAAUCGGCUGCCACCAAGGCCGCCGAAGAAGCCGCAGGGGAGGACAGCAAUGAAUCCACCGAGGAAAAGCCCAAGCGUGGUCGCAAGCCAGCUGCCAAGAAAAUUGCCAAAGAAGCUGCAAGGGAGGAGGGUACUGAAUCCCCCACUAAGCCUAAGCGUGGUCGCAAGUCAGCUGCUACCAAGGCUGCUGAAGUAGCUGCACAGGAGGAGGGUAAUGAAUCCCCCACUAAGCCUAAGCGUGGUCGCAAGUCGGCUGCCACUAAGGCUGCUGAAGAAGCUGAACAGGAUGAGAACAAUGAAUCCCCCGAGGAAAAGACCAAGCGUGGUCGCAAGCCAGGCCCAAAAAAAGCUGUCGAAGAAACUGCAAAGGAGGAGGGCGACGAAUCCCACGAGGAAAAACCCAAGCGUGGUCGCAAGCUAGCUGCAAAGAAGGUUGCCGAGGAGACUACCCGGGAAGAGACCAACGAGGCUACCGAGGAAAAGCCCAAGGCCAAGCGUGCUGGUCGUAAGUCAGCUGCCACCAAGGCUGUUGAAGAAGCUGUGCAGAACGAGAAUAAUGAAUCCCACGAGGAAAAGCCCAAGCGUGGUCGCAAGCCAGCUGCCAAGAAGGUUACCGAAGUGACUACUCAGGAAAAGACCAACGAAGCUACCGAGGAAAUUCCUAAUGGCAAGAACGGUGACAACAAUGUAACGGACAACGCUGCAGCUGCAGAUGCCAUUGUGGAAGAUGCCACCCGGUCCACCAACCAGCCUGCCGAUAACAUUACUACCGACGUGGUUGAGAAGCCUCAGCAGAUCGUUGAUGAGCCCGCCGAGCCCUUCGCUGAGAAUAUCGAGAGUACCGCAGGAGUUGAGGUCGAGACUGGCGGGGCAAAUUAA